AUGAAACAACAACAACAGUUUCAGUUUAUCUGCCCUGCAGACUUCAGUUGUGUUGGUAAUCUGGCAGCCCUUCCAACAACCUCACAAUCGCCACAGAGUCUCGUGAGCCGCUUGGUUGCACCAGCGGUACAAAAUCAUCAACAAACCAGAAAAAGAAGGCGUGGUGAGGUGGCAAAUCCAGCAAAUACAUUGGACGGUUUAGUUGCCAAGAGAGCCGACGAUAUUGGGGCCUCUGAUUCGUUGAUCAAGCGAUACUUAACUGAAAAUGAGGCAAUUGAAUCACCGUCUGAUGACCAAGAGCUUAAGCGCAUUGAAACGGAUCCUGAUGUUUCGACACGAACUUGUUCGAUAUGUGGCUAUCAGGGAAAAUGGGUCUCUGAAAUGAUUCGUCAUAAAAGAGUUCACACAAACGAGCGACCCUUCAAAUGUAAAUAUUGUUCCAGGACAAGCAAGUGGAAAGCGGACCUUAUUAGACACGUUGCCAAAACUCAUGGUAUUCGUGUGGUUUCAAAAUAUAGUCGCAGCAAAACGUUUGAUGCUUCGGCGACGGGGCUUCAUGAACUGAAGGACAACAAACCGGAAGUCUUACAAGCUCAACCAAACGUUACGACGCAUACAAUCAACGUAAAGCCACUACCCACGUCUGUAAUAACAACUGCACCGCCGAAGAAGGAUUCAACUGUUAAAGUAGAACAAAGUUCUGAAGAUAAACCUAAUCAGGAACAAUUGCCAGUAGCAUACCGAUGUGUACUUUGUUUGUUCGAACAGGAAUCGAUAUUGGUUCUGAUGAGUCAUCUCCGUAACGUCCAUAACGCGGCACCAUAUGAGUGCCACGUUUGCAACGAAUGCUUUCCGGAUGCUGAAACUGCUAUGGGUCAUUUCACAUCAAAUACAAAGUGUUCUCGCACGGAUCUUUUGGUUAACAUCGCGCCAAUUUAUGCAACCCAAAAAAGUAUCGUCCUGCUGUGUACAAUACUCGUUGAUAUAUACUAUUUCAUUAUAGAGUCGUCUCCCGUCUCUCUCCUUGGAACAACUAUGGUCAAUAGCACUCAGGAGCUGUUGCGACGGUUGAUGACACCUGUAACCAACAAUUCACUCUUACCAUUGAUUAACCAAUUGCAAAUGACUGCUGCAGUAGCAAAUUUCCGAAAUUCUUUAACCGCACCAUCGUCAGACGUUGGCAGCUCUGAUUCUAGCAUAACUGAAGAUUUUGAAGAACAACGCUCAGAAUCUUGUGAUAAAUGCCCUUAUAAGGGUGACGCAGAUAGUUUCCUUGCUCAUAAAAAAGGCCACGAAAUUCCGAAAGGCCUCUUGAACUACAAAUGUGCAUUCUGCGACUGGUUCGGCAAGAAGAAAAGUGCCAUAGAAGAGCAUAUGAAAGUUCAUACAAAAAAUCCGCAUCUUUACAUGUCAGAAGUGGAAAAAAAUUUAAUAACUCCUGUGACUUUGGCCAAGUUCCAUCUUGAAGCCGAAACUUCAAGUCAAACGACACUGCAUUCCAGCACAGCAAGACCGAUUGCGGAACUAGCUUCGAAUAGUGUAAUUAAAAGUGAUGAGGUGCAUGGUGUGUCUGCUCCAGUUUUGCCAACAUCGACGUACGAUUUAGCAGCAGCACUUAUUGCUUUGAAACAACGAACUGACAUAGCAUCAUUACUGCCUCUCCACGCUCUGGGAGCUAUAGCAAAUCUUCCAAAUACUGCUCCAGCUCUGCAGACAGCAUUCUCACCAUUAUCAGCAGCGUUAGCUCAGAUGUCUCCAUCAUCACCAGAAGAAGUUUCUUUUGCCAGCCAGAAUGUCAGCCCAAAAACAGGUGUACCAGGUCUUACAUUAUUCAACAGUAACGACCUUCCUCUAGCCACUUCUUUGGCAGUCACUGCCACUGUUCCGCCUGCAGAAGACAAUCUUGAACCGCACAGCCCAACAAAUUCAACUGCAUCUAGUGAGGAAACAAAUUCUACAAAAACAUCUUGGAAGCAUGCGUGUUCCAAAUGUGAAGCAGUUUUCAGUGAAGCAUUGCAGCUUGAGCGCCACAAUAAAUUUCAUGGUGCGAAUUUAGAAUUUGAGUGCCACUUUUGCGACUUUUCAGCUCCAAGUUCCGAGGAACUGUCAGACCAUCAAAAUGGACAUCAUAAUCGCUUACAAGCUAAUCCACAAACGUCGUCGAUUCAUAAGACCGACGAUGAUGAGAUUGUUGAUGUUGAAAAUGUUGAAAACACCGAAAAUACUUUUUAA